AUGAGCAAGUUCGGUGCCAUGAUCAUGGGCCCCGCGGGGGCGGGCAAGUCCACCUUUUGCGCCGCCCUCAUCACCCAUCUCCAGCUCAACCGCCGCUCCGCCUUUUACGUCAACCUCGAUCCCGCCGCCGAGACGUUCGAGCACACGCCCGACCUCGACAUCAAGGAGCUCAUCUCGCUCAAGGAUGCCAUGGAGGAGGUGAACCUCGGCCCCAACGGCGGCCUCAUAUACUGCUUCGAGUUUCUUAUGGAGAACCUCGACUGGCUCACCGAGGCCCUCGACAGCCUGACCGAGGAGUACCUCAUCAUCAUCGACAUGCCCGGCCAGAUCGAGCUGUACACGCACAUCCCCAUCCUGCCGACCCUCAUGCGGUACCUCUCCGCGCCCGGCUCGCUCGACAUCCGCAUGGCCGCGGUCUAUCUUCUCGAGGCCACCUUUGUCGUCGACCGCGCCAAGUUCUUCGCCGGCACCCUCAGCGCCAUGAGCGCCAUGCUAAUGCUCGAGGUGCCGCACAUCAACGUGCUGUCCAAGAUGGACUUGGUCAAGGGCCAGGUCAAGAAGAAGGACAUGAAGCGGUUCCUGACGCCCGACGUCGGCCUGCUGGACGACGACCCCGCCGACCGCAGCAGGCGCCUCGCGGGCGGCGCCGAGGAGGACGAGGAGGACGAGGCACGGCGGCCGGACGAGCGCGACCAGAUCAUGAAGGGCGCGAGCUUCCGCAAGCUGAACCGCGCCGUCGCUGGGCUGAUUGAGAGCUUCAGCAUGGUCAACUACCUGAAGCUGGACGUUACGGACGAGGACAGCGUCGGUGCCAUCCUGAGCUACAUUGACGACUGCAUCCAGUACCACGAGGCGCAGGAGCCCAAGGACCCCAACGACGAGGAAGAGGUCGACGACGAGGACGACGAGUAA